UGGCGUCCUCAGCAUGGGUCGUCAUAUUUGCACGUUUGUAGUGGAUGAUACUGUCAAAACAAAAAGGUUUUUCGUUCAACAAAGGAAAAUUUAUGGAUUUAGUCGUUCGAAUAGGGGAAUUCUUUACAUUUUCAUAGAGAGAGAUUUGUACCUUUCCUUUCUUCAAGGUGGACUACCUUUUGCUCGAGGUGCUGCAAUGGUGUUGAACUUCAACUGCAUGUUAAUCCUGCUAUUCAUGUGCCGUAAUAUCAUCUCUCUUCUCAGAAGUAAUCUCGAUUGUGGUUGGUGUGGAAGUAUCAUUAGCCUUUUGGACAAGAAUAUAACUUUCCAUAAGUACUGUGCUUACACAAUCUGCUUUUUCACUGUGGUUCACAUAUGUGGCCAAUGUUUCAACUUGACAAACCUUGUUGAGAGCCAAUCAAAGCCGGACACAGAGAUUGAAAAGCAUCUGAGUCAGUUGGAUGACCCUUGGCUAAAUCCUAUCAGAGAAUCUGGAGUUGAUCCUGUAUCAGGGUUGUUUCAGACAGUGGCUGGGAUUACAGGUGUGGUGAUGACAUUGUCAUUAAUUCUCAUGAUGUCAUCAGCAACUGAAUUGAUAAGGAGAUCCUACUUUGAGACUUUUUGGUUCACUCACCAUUUGUUUGUUGUCUUCUUUGGCUGCCUUGUUGUGCAUGGCACUGGGGAUCUUCUGCGUUAUCAAACUAACAUGGAUGAGCAUGAUCCAGAGAUCUGUGAUAAUGUAAAUUAUUGGAAAAAUCAUUCAACCAGCUGCUACAAAUUCAGACCACAGCUAAAAGCAUCUGGAACAAUGACUUGGAAGUUUGUGAUUUUCCCCAUGAUCCUGUAUGGUGCUGAACGGUUAUUCAGAAUAUACAGAUCAUUUCAGCAGGUGACAAUUCUUAAGGUAAUAAAACAUCCAUCUAGGGUGCUUGAAAUUCAGAUGAAGAAGGAUGGAUUUAGAUGUGAAGCAGGACAGUACAUUUUUCUGAAGUGUCCUAAGAUCUCACAUCUGGAAUGGCAUCCUUUUACUUUAACAUCUGCCCCUGAGGAGUCCUACUUCAGUGUUCAUAUCAGAAAUGCUGGUGAUUGGACAGACAGUCUACACAGAGAGUUUGGAGCAAAUGACAGUGGAAUGAAAGAUAUAAGCUCCUGUCCAAGUUUGGCUGUUGAUGGCCCUUUUGGAACAUCAAGCACUGAUGUGUUUAAAUAUGAUGUCGUAAUGUGUAUUGGGGCUGGUAUUGGAGUAACUCCCUUUGCAUCAAUAUUGAAAUCAGUAUGGUAUCGUCAAAACAAAGGUCAUUCUGACCUUAAGAUCAAGAAGAUAUAUUUUUUCUGGAUCUGCAGAGAUGAAAAGGCCUUUGAAUGGUUCAGAGACCUUUUAAGGCAUUUGGAAAUUCAGAUGGAAGAAAUGAAUAGGAAGAACUUUGUGGAACAUCACAUAUAUCUCACAGGAUGGGAUACUAACUUGGCAAUUCAGUCAAUUCUACAUCAGGGUGAAAAAGACAACAUAACACAUUUGGAUGCUAAGACACAGUAUGGCAGACCAGAGUGGAGCAAGAUAUUUAAGAAUAUUGGGGAGAAACACAAAGGGACAGAAAUUGGGGUCUUUUUCUGUGGACCAAGUGGUUUAUCACAUGUGUUACACAAAAAAGCCAACCAGUAUAGUAAUCCAAGUACAGGAGUCAAGUUUUGUUACAACAAAGAAAAUUUCUAAUUUUUUGGAAGAAUGCAGACUAUAGUUUGUAGUCAGCUUCUUAUUUGACUGAGCACUUAAAUUGAAUAUUAACACCUUGAUAUAUUUCUAUCUUGCAAAACUAUCUGGUAAUCAACAUUAUUAAUCCUUUAACCCCCAGAAGUGAUUUGCGUAACUUCUCCCAACAAUAUCCAUACAUUAUCCAACAAACAGGUAAUGAGAUAACUCAAAUUUAUCAGUUAGAGAUUGUAAUCAUGAUGUAACACCAAAUUAUUGUAACUAAAUUACAAGGAAAUGUGUUACAGCCAGAUAGGAGAAUUAACAACUAGAUCUUGGGAGUUAAAGGGUUAAUAUAAACAACUGUGACUAGUAUCUUAUUUCUCCUUACAAUAUCACUCCUGAAUCAAAUAUUAAGCUAGGUCUGAGAAUAAAGGAAAUGAUGACUAACUAAAGAAACUUUUGAUUAUUCAUCAAAUUCUCCUUGUCACCAUCUCAGGAAACGUAUAGAGCACAGUAUAGAGAAAAAGCAUACUGGUGCAUUAAGGUUUUAAGGGUUUAUGAUGAAUUUAAAUGUAUUAAAAAAAAAGGACACUCUUCUCAUUUCUUUUAAAGGAAUAAGGAAAUCCAUAUACAUUUAUGGCACCUUAGGCCCCUAUGUACUUUGAGAGGGGAGAUACCAUCACUACUUUAAAAUUAACCAAAACCAGUAAAAAAUACUUUUUGAGCAAGGACAUAUUAUUGCCACCUUUUAAGAAUUUACAAACCUAGUGAAAAAGACUUUUUGAGCACACUGAUUGGCUUUUAACUUAAGUAAAAAAAAUUAGUUUAGGACUUAAGGUAUAGAAAAUAUAUAUUUGUAAAAAAAAUGAGUUUAGGACUUUAGGUACAGAAAAUAUGUAUUUGAUGUUUAAUUGGAAUAUACACAAGCAGUGAUUAGCAAUUAUUCAGGAAAGUAGAAGUACAUAUCCACCACUUUCACCUAAAACUGAGGUGAAUAAAUCACUUGAGAACCAGAAAAUUACUUGCAGUAUUUUUAUCAACAUACCACAAAAUAUUCAGAAAUGAAACUCUUAAUGGACACUUCAAUAUUCUGCUGCUUGGAGGUGAAUAGUACCUGCUAAUCACCUCUGAGGAAGCCAAUCUGCUUAUGAAAAAAAAUCAUCAUUCACCUGCUAGGUAUUCACUAGUAUAAUUUAUUAUUAAUGUACAUUAGACUUAUUAUGAAAAUCAUGAUUAGUCGAGAGCAUUCAAAUGAUGUACUGACAGUGAAGUUGACUUGAUAAAUGCAAUAUCUACGGCAGAUAUUACCUUUGUUUUAUCAAGUUCAAAUUAUGCCUAGUUUCUAAGCCCCUUGUCUUUGUAGUGUUCUCAAACUUUUGCCAAGUCAGAGAGAAGUGUCAUUUGCAAAUUGUUUCAAAAAUGUUAUCAUAAAACAAUCAUUAAAUUUGGACUUUACAUGAUAUCAUUCUCAAACUCAUCCAAUAAUUGCUUCUUGUUCACCCCAUUGGUACAAAAAUUGGUGGAUAUUUACCUUGCCACUCACCUCUACGGUAAAGGUAUUUGUUUCUCUAACGGAAUUUGGAACAGACACCCCUAUUUAAAUAAUCCAUAUGCCAGUUACCAUAAAAAUUAAAAUGUCAUAUCAAAUAGGAAAUUUCACUGCUGUUAGAUGUAGCAAGGAAACUUUACUAAACAAUGGUGCAAGAUUUUAAAUCUUUAUAAUUAAUUUUUGAAGAAGUUGUAACAAAUAUUGGCCAAACCCCAAAACUUAAAACAAGUUAAUCAGAAAGUGUAUUAAAUGAGACCUACCAAUAUCUCACUGGUGUAUACCGGUAGCUCAUAAUUCUCA